AUGUCUGUAGAUCGUAGUUGGAUGUAUAAGCGAUUAGAUGUCAAUGGCUUCCUUAAUCCUGAAUUUGAGGUUGGGGUGGAGUAUUUUUUAAAUUUUGCCUAUGCACAAGUAGAUGUUGCUUCCAAUGACAAGAUUCGUUGUCCUUGUUCUAAAUGUAAGAACAAGAAAUACCUACAAAGAAUUGAUGUCACCUAUCACUUGUAUAAAUUUGGAUUUGUUGGGGCAUAUACUCAGUGGGAUGCGCAUGGUGAAGGUUUCACAUCUGAAUUUAAUUCUUUACCAACUUCUAGUACUUCAAUUGAUGAUAUGACUCAACCAACUGAUACAAAUAAUUAUAGAAGUAUGGUUAUGGAAGCAAUGAAUUUUGAUGAGGAUAUGGCUGGAGUGAGAAAUUGUUUCAUGGGCCUUGAACAAGAGGAACCAAAUCCAAAUGCUUCAAGUUUCUAUGGCUUGUUACAUGAUGCUAAUGCUCCCUUAUGGGAAGGUUGCAAUAAUCAUACACGCUUAUCAGCUGUAUCUCAACUAUUAAAUUGCAUGUCAGAUUUCCACAUUAGUCAUAAUUGUUUUGACAAUUUAUUAUCAAUAAUAAAGAGCAUGCUACCAGAAGGUAAUCUCUUGCCAAGCAACUUCUACAACACGAAAAAGAUGAUGUCAACUCUGGGGCUUGGUUAUCAAAAAAUCGAUGUCUGUGUCAACAAUUGCAUGCUAUAUUACAAAGAAAACAUUGAUGGAACAUCAUGUAAAACUUGCGGUCACCCUCGGUAUAAGCCAAGGAAAUCAAGUACGGCUCGACAAAAAAAUCUACCAUUUAAAGUGUUACGUUACUUGCCUUUGAUUCCUAGGCUUCAAAGGUUGUUUAUGUCAUCCAAAACCGCAGCGCACAUGGUAUGGCAUGCUUUUAACCAACAUACUGAUGGGACUAUGUCACAUCCUGUUGAUAGUGAGGCAUGGAAGCACUUCGAUCGCACUUAUCCUUUGUUUGCAUCUGACCCUAGGAAUGUUCGGCUUGGAUUAUGCACUGAUGGAUUCAAUCCCUUUGGGCAACGUUCUAAUCCUUACUCUUGUUGGCCAGUAAUAAUUGCAGUGUAUAACUUACCUCCUUGGAUGGCCAUGAAAAAACCUUAUAUGUUCUUGAAUAUGGUGAUUCCGGGUCCUAAAAGCCCUGGCAAGAGUUUGGAUGUGUUCUUGAGGCCUUUGAUUGAUGAGUUGAAAAUGUUAUGGACUGAAGGAGUUUUGACUCAUGAUAUUCAUACUAAGCAGAACUUUCAUAUGAAAGCAGCACUUUUAUGGACAGUAAGUGAUUUUCCUGCAUAUGGUAUGUUAUCCGGAUGGAGCACACAUGGAAAAUUGGCUUGUCCGUAUUGCAUGGAAGGUAGUAAAGCUUUUGUUCUUCAACACGGUGGGAAAGCAUCAUUCUUUGAUUGUCAUCGCCAAUUUCUUCCUCUCAACCAUCCAUACAGAAGACAAAAAGAUAAAUUCAAAAAAGGUGUCAUAGAAAGGAGUCCACCCCCUCCUCGUUUGUCUGGUGAUGUUAUACAAAAUCGAGUAAAUUCACUACCUGAUAUUGUAUUUGGGACAACUAGUGGGAAGCAAACAAUACCUGGAUUUGGUGUACACCAUAAUUGGGUCAAGAGGAGUAUAUUUUGGGAGCUUCCAUAUUGGAAUUCAAAUUUAAUUCGGCAUAAUUUAGAUGUGAUGCAUAUAGAGAAGAAUGUGUUUGACAAUGUAUUCUACACAGUUAUGGAUGUGAAUGGGAAAACUAAGGACAACUCCAAAGCAAGAGAGGACUUAAAAGUUUAUUGCAAGCGUCCUGAAUUACACUUAGUGCAAUAUAAUGGUAGAGUAUGCAAACCUAAAGCCACUUAUACUUUGAAUAAAGAACAAAAACAAAUAAUUUGUCAGUGGCUAAAGGAUUUGAGAUUGCCUGAUGGAUAUGCUUCCAACAUCGCACGGGCUGUAAGUGUGGAGGACUGUAAGUUUUUGGAUUGA